AUGGAUGCGGCGGACGAUUCGAGCAAAGAUCCGCCACUGGGAUCCACAUUUUCCUCAGCACCCAAUUUAGACUCUGACAUUAACGCAAACGCCUGCAGGCCCGUGUAUGAGAAUGGGACGGACCACAAUGUCAACAUACAAAACGCUGCCCUGCGGGGAGCCAGUGACCCCAGCGCCUACCCCUCCACUGACUACCAGGGGCUGGUGCGCCAGAGGUUCAUCCGGCGGAGUCUGUGGGUGUCAGACUCCGAGGAGCAGCCGGUGGACGCGCCGGAGUUUGUCAACAGCAGCCCGGUGCUCAACAUCGACCUGCGGACCAUCGUCGAUCGGAGUCGGACCCGAGCUCUGCACGGAGCCCGCGUCCAGGAGACCUCCAGCACCGAGAGCCAGGUGGGCCUGAAAGACAGCGCCACGGAGAGCGUGAGCGCGGACGAGGAGAGGGGAGACCGGAGCGAAGCCGAGCCCAAGCCGGAGGUGGUGCACUCGGAUGUCACAGGUAAAGCAGGAAGUGACGAGAACGAAGAGGAGCCCGGCAUGAAGGCUGUGUCCACCUCACCGGGGGGCCGCUUCCUCAAGUUUGACAUUGAGCUGGGAAGAGGCUCCUUCAAGACCGUCUACAAAGGUCUGGACACCGACACCUGGGUGGAGGUGGCCUGGUGUGAGCUCCAGGAACGGAAACUGUCCAAAGCAGAGAGGCAGAGGUUCAAAGAGGAGGCAGAGAUGUUAAAAGCUCUCCAGCAUCCCAACAUCGUGCGAUUUUACGACUUCUGGGAAUCACCGGUGAAAGGGAAGAAGUGCAUUGUUCUGGUGACGGAGCUGAUGACCUCAGGGACACUAAAAACGUAUCUGAAGCGCUUUAAGGUCAUGAAGCCUAAAGUUCUCAGAAGCUGGUGCAGACAGAUUCUCAAAGGCCUCCACUUCCUCCACACGAGGACUCCACCCAUCAUCCACCGAGACCUCAAGUGUGACAACAUCUUCAUCACUGGUCCCACGGGCUCUGUCAAAAUCGGAGAUCUCGGCCUGGCAACGCUGAAGAGGGCCUCUUUUGCUAAAAGCGUUAUCGGAACUCCAGAGUUCAUGGCCCCAGAGAUGUACGAGGAGCACUAUGACGAGGCUGUGGAUGUCUACGCCUUUGGGAUGUGUAUGUUGGAGAUGGCCACCUCAGAAUACCCCUACUCCGAGUGCCAGAACGCUGCUCAGAUCUACCGCAAAGUCACCAGCGGGGUGAAACCUGCCAGCUACAGCAAAGUCAGUGACCCAGAAAUUAAGGAGAUAAUAGGGGAGUGUAUCUGUCACAGGUGGGAAGAAAGGUACUCCAUCAAGGACCUCCUGAAUCACGCGUUCUUCGCCGAGGACACGGGCGUCAGGGUGGAGCUCAAUGAGGAAGACGACGGCAAGAAGUCGUCUAUCGCUCUGAAGCUGUGGGUUGAAGAUCCGAAAAAGCUGAAGGGGAAAUACAAAGAUACCGGUGCCAUUGAGUUCACCUUUAACUUGGUGAAUGAGGUCCCGGAAGUUGUGGCGCAAGAAAUGGUGGAAUCGGGUUUUUUCCUGGACUGUGACGUGAAGAUCGUCGGGAAGUCCAUUCGAGACCGCGUGGCUCUCAUCAAGUGGAGGAGGGAGCGGACCGUCUCGCCAAACGGAAACGGUGAAGUAGCCGUGAAGAAGAUGCAGCAGAACCUACUGCAGGUUCCCAGUACUGGUGUACCACAGAAAGCCACAGCAGGCGCUGCAGAUUAUGAGGAUCAAGAGGCGGAACAGCAGACUCUGAUCUGCACCGUGCCCACCACAGCCUCUACCACAUCCGACAGCGGAGUGAGCUCCACCAUGCAAUUAGACGAUCUGAACAAUCAGCAGAAUGGCCCCUACCAGUCGCUUCCAGAGCCCAUCUCCACAGCUCAGAUGGUCUACAGCCCUCCCGCGCAGCCUGACCCUCAGCUGCACCAGGGACCCUACCAGCAGCCCACAGCACAGGUCUCACAUGAAAGCUACACACAAGCAUCCACACAAUUACACCAGGGAGCCUACCAGCAAACGGCAGGUCAGCUGCAUCCUGGAGCCUUUCAACAACCUGCAGCACAACUGCAUCAGGGGCCUUAUCAUUGUCAAACAACAGUUUCUGCUCCAGCUACGCCAGCCCCUACUGCGCACCAGAAUAGACAGACAGCACAGAGCUUCCCAGCUGCAGCCCCGACUCCACAGACGCAGCUUACUGCUCAACCCAGCCAGGAGCAGUGCCACCUCCAACCAGCUGCUAUCCUGCCCCAGCUGUUACCUGCUGAGCACCCUGCAUCUCACCUGAGUCCUCCUGAUACAUCCACCAGUUUUCCACAGUCACUCUCCAGUGCUCCUCCCCCACUCCUGCCCCUGCAGAUCAGCACACAGUUUCCCUCACCAUAUCCUGUAGUUCAGACAGGGGGCCACAAGCCUCCUUCCUUCUCCCCUCUGCCAUCUGCCUACAGCAGCAGUGACCCUCCUAUGUCUAGCGCCUACUUCUCCCCUUCGCCCCACCAUCCCACUCUUCCUCUGACCCCUCAUGCUACCUUCCCCCCUGUACCUAUCCUCGGCACCCCUCAGACUCCUCUGUCCACACCUCAGCACGUGCCCAGUAUGGCGCUCCCUGUUCCACUUCUCACCAUGGCCAUGUCCCCUGCACUGCCACAGCAGCAGCAGGGCGGCCCUCCCACAUCUCAGCCAAACCUCAGUACCUUCCAUUCCACCCAUCCCUUACCCCUCUCUCAGGUACAACCCACCCCAUACCCCGUCCCCAACCCUGAGCCUCAACUGGCUGAGCAGCCUUUGCAGGUGAUUGCUCCGCAUGGGACUUUGGGAGAUGUUCAGCUGUUGGCUGUGGGCCACCCUGCCUCCUGUGCUGUUCAGACUUCUCUAUGGGGAAGCGGAGCAGAUACAGAAACUACUGCAAGUGGCCUGGACCUAACUGUAGCUCCUGCAGGUUCAACUCCGGCUCCAGUCUCAUUGUCCGCGACAGUCCAAGUUGAACCUCAAGCCCCAGCACAAACUCCGGUUCCGAUGCGAGCACGGAACCAACCUUCAGUCCCAGUAUCAGCUCAGACUGCAGCCCCAACCCUCCUUAAAGCCUCAGCUUCAGUCCCAGUACAAGUUCCAACAGCAGUUCAAGCUCCAGCCUCAGCGUCACUUCAGGCACCGACGUCUGCAUCGGGUCCCACUUUAGAACAAACAAAUGUCUCCUCUGUUUGCUCAGACAAACCUUCUGCCAUGGGCAAACCACAACUCUCAGUCCAAGGUUUGGUCUCAAUUCAGUCUGCAGCCCCUGUUUCUGCUCCAGCUCCUGUCGCAGCUCCAGUUCUGCAGCCUGCUGGCAUCCAGACAGCAGUCUCAGUGCCCGAGAGUGCCAACCUGGCCACAACUCAGCAAAACCUAGAGACGACACCUGCAUCUAGCACCCUUCAGCAAGAGCCCUGUGUAGAGGAUGGGCUUCGGGACAAACUAAUAUCUUUACCCAGUUAUGCAUAUGACAGUCUCAACUCUGAUGUAGCAUCUGGUAAGGAAGCAAGUGACGGCUAUGACAGCUUGGCUAGUGGGGGGAAGGGGGAUGGAAAACCCAGGAAGCAUCACCGCAAGUCGGCUCGCACACGUUCCAGGCAAGAAAAGACCAGCAAACCCAAACUGAGCAUGCUCAAUGUUUGCAACACUGGUGAUAAAAUGGUAGAAUGCCAGCUGGAGACUCACAACCACAAAAUGGUGACAUUUAAAUUUGACCUGGAUGGAGAUGCUCCCGAGGAAAUUGCCACUUACAUGGUAGAGAAUGGGUUCAUACUAUUGUUGGAGAAGGAGAUCUUCAUCGACCAGCUGAAGGACAUUGUGGAUAAAGCUGAAGACAUGCUGAAUGAAGACAUGGAGGGUGAAAGGGACACGACUUUGAGCUGUAGUCCUCUACAAGGCCAGAUGUCUGACGGGCAGCCAGGAGAGAGUCAGCAGCCCGGAGCAGCUCAGCCUGUCUAUCAGCAAAACGUUCUUCAUACAGGAAAGCGAUGGUUCAUAAUCUGCCCUGUAGAGGAGACACCUACGUCCAGUCAGGAGACUCCGUCUGAUGGGACGACCACACAGUCCCCUAGCAGCUCAGCCACCACCCAGCCUGCUGACAGUGGCACUGCAAGGCCCUCCACAUCCAGAGAAGAGGGGUCAUCCUCCACGAUGUCUGGUGGAAGUGGAGGCUUCUCCUACGAGGUGUAUGGCUUCUGUAGUCCUCCAAUAAUGUCCAACACAGAUCCACUCCUCUUAGCCACUCUGUCUCCCCCUGUUUCUGCACCCCCGACCCUCCAGUCAGUGUCCUCUGUGGAUCCAGCAGGCAGCUCAGUGCAGCCUAAUGUGCAUCAAGCCCAGCCAGCCAGAGCUCAAACAUUUCCCCCAUCAUCCCCACACGCGUCUUUCCCAGUAGAGGAGUCCCAGGGAUCCCCUCUGGGCUCCAUCUCCCCAAUCCACGCAGCUCAGCAGAUGUCCGAUAUGACAUGUCCUGUCUCUCUUGCUGACGAGGUGCCCUGCUGCCCUCUAGUCAUGCCCCUGUCUCUGGAUGUGAGCGCUUCGCAGGGUGGGUCUCCUCUCACUCCUCUCCCCCUUCAGGACCCAGGUUCAGCCAAAGAGCCUCCGUCUAUGUCCUACGCCCCUGCAGCCCGGAGCGAGCGGCCACAGCAGCCUGUGGUGCUCCACCAGCCGUUUUCCACCGUGGGAGGAGCCAAAGUGUCCUCACUGCCCCAGAGCCCGGCGCCAUCCCAGCACGGUGCAGGGCCCAGCGAGUCCGACGGGGAAGGACGGUUGGGCCGCGGGGGCUUUGUAGACAGCACCAUAAAAACUCUGGAUGAAAAGCUAAGGAAUUUGCUCUACCAGGAAUAUGCUCCCAUGUAUCCAUCCGGCAGUGCUGCAGAGACACCAGGAUCUGGCACGGAGUACAUCCAGUCUCCUCCAGGUCCAGACAGCGCCACAGGAGGGUCAGGAAACAGCACACCGGGGCCCAUAGGGGAGGGACGCUACAGGGCAGGAGAACAGCUGCCUCAAAUUCCAGAGAGAAUGGAUAGUUUGAGCACACUGAGUGACUCAGCUGUGUGUGCUUCCCUGUCAAGAAGACAUGUCCCUCACUCUGCUUCCUGCUCUGGAACAAGAGGUCGAUUCAAGAUAAUCUCUGUUCCUCCUGAAGUGGCCAACAGACGAGAUGUGAAGCAAAGGAGCUGGAGCAGCGCUGCCUCACCGGCGCACCCUGUGGAGUACGGUGGCGACCACGUUCAGGCUGAGGUCAUGGCUACCUCCACCACAAUCGGCCGCUUCUCUGUGGUGAGCACUGAAGACGACAUUACCCAGAGGACACGCUGCAGCCGCUACUCUGCCCCACCUGAUUUCUACCUGGACACACCUCCGUCCAUGGCCAAGCGAGGCUCCCUGCCUCGCGCUCUGACCUCAAACUCUGUCCCUGUGGAUGUGACGGUCCAUGCUCGCUUCCUGUCCUCAGACUCGGGGGCUGAGAGCAGUCCAGCAAAACUGGCCCCUGCCACCCCGUCUCAACACUCUCGCUCUGAGCGCCGAGGAAGCGACCUCAUGAAGAGGGCCGUGGCCUUUCUCCGUCGUUCCGGUCGCAGCAGCAGCGUGCAGAGCUCGGACUCACCAAACAGGCAUGGAGGCGUGCACGGCUCGGCAUACGCCAGCAGCGAUAAUGACUCAGAGAUGGAGGACUCGGACAUAAAGAAGGAACUACAGAGACUCAGGGAGAAACAUCUGAGGGAGAUCUCAGAGCUGCAGGCCCAUCAGCGGGGGGAAGUGGAGCUGCUCUAUCGCAGACUUGGCAAAGCCCCUCCUCCUGGCCUGGGACUCUCAAACACUGGACCGCAUGCCGGCCGUAGAAAGAGGUCCAGCAAGCACAGACUGAAACCAGGCAAACUCCUCAGUCCUCUGGUUCAACAGUUUAGAAAUGUCACAACCAAAGCUAGUGACUCCAGCAAAGCCAGUGCUGCUGCAGGCACAAGUGAGCCCACAGUGAGUUUAAACGGCUCUCCGGCCAAAGGGCCACUCCCCACUCACAGCAGAGCACGUUCGUGCACCAGCCACCUUCCCAGCUCCACCUCAGAGCCUGUGCAGACUCAGCAGCCCUGUUCCCUCAAAGGCUCUCUGUCUUCUGACAAUAUUUAUGCUGGACUACAUGGAGACGGCACCGGCACACAAGCUCCACCUGGACAAGGCUGGUCUAAUUACCCUCAACCAUCUGAGAGAGUGACCUAUAAAUCGAGUAGCAAGCCACGAGCUAGAUUUCUCAGUGGGCCUGUGUCUUUGUCUAUCUGGACAACGCUGAAGCGACUGUGUCUUGGCAAAGAGCGCGGCAGCAGGACUGGAGCUUCAGCUUCAGGGGCUUUCAAUCAAUCACAGCAGCUUCCUACCGGUGUCACGCCUCCUCCCCAUCAGCCAGUGAUGGGUCUGGCCCAAGCUCAGGCCAACAACAGCAACAACAAGACCUACAGCGGCACGUCCAUAAGCGCCGCCGAAAGCAACCUGCCUGAGGACCUGCAGCGGCUGAUGGACGACUGGGCCCAGGAAGUUCUGAUUGUGACCCACCGGCCGCGCACCAACUCUCUGAGUAUCAGUGGACAGCAGCUUUGGGAUCAGAUUGUCCCUCGAACAUGUGAACAGCUUCUUAGUGCUUCAGAUGUAUCAUCAUGGACAGCUCCAGGUCCAGAGGCCUGCAAUCUGCCCCUGUCAUGGCCCGACAGCCCUGGGUCAACAGUGAUGACUACCCCCUCUGCAGGGCCCCAUCCCUCCUAUCAGCCACACUCCCCUGCUCCAUUCAGGGCCUCACCUCUCUCUGUUAGCCAGUGGCCUGGGCUGCUCUUCCCCCUUCCUUCAGGAGUGUUUGCCUUUCCCGCUGUGCCCUCAGCCCAGGAUGCCCACAGCCCCACUCCAGCUUCAUCAUAUCAGCCGACCGACCCCAAGGCGAGGACUCUCUAAUCUGAGUAGCAUUGUGUCUUCCAACUCUGUUACCAAAAAGAUAUCUCAUUAUAGUUCUAGUCAACCUUAUGUGCAUAUACUGUAUAUAUUUAACCAGCAUGUAUGUAACCAUAUGUACAUACUUGUCUCCAUUCUUGAGUUUUAUGUUUCAUUUGCAUCAACAUACCUCAUGUCCAUAUUACAGUACAUAAUCCUUGAGUGCAGUCUAAUGGUAGUAGUACUUUUAAAGAUGUAUAGUUCGCCCAAUCAGGCUUGAAAGUGCAGAUU